AUGACGAAACGAUCAGACGCAACGACAUCGCAAAAAGCCACCACCUCCAAGUCGGUGACAACAGAAGCAAAAACCAAGUCUGAGCCAAGCCCUACUGCCACGAUGCCGAAACGAUCAGACGCAACGACAUCGCAAGAAACCACCACCUCAAAGUCGAUGACAACAGAAGCGAAAACCAAGUCUGAGCCAAGCCCUACUGCCACGAUGCCGAAACGAUCAGACGCAACGACAUCGCAAGAAACCACCACCUCCAAGUCGAUGACAACAGAAGCAAAAACCAAGUCUGAGCCAAGCCCUACUGCCACGAUGCCGAAACGAUCAGACGCAACGACAUCGCAAGAAACCACCACCUCCAAGUCGGUGACAACAGAAGCAAAAACCAAGUCUGAGCCAAGCCCUACUGCCACGAUGCCGAAACGAUCAGACGCAACGACAUCGCAAGAAACCACCACCUCCAAGUCGAUGACAACAGAAGCAAAAACCAAGUCUGAGCCAAGCCCUACUGCCACGAUGCCGAAACGAUCAGACGCAACGACAUCGCAAGAAACCACCACCUCCAAGUCGGUGACAACAGAAGCAAAAACCAAGUCUGAGCCAAGCCCUACUGCCACGAUGCCGAAACGAUCAGACGCAACGACAUCGCAAGAAACCACCACCUCCAAGUCGAUGACAACAGAAGCGAAAACCAAGUCUGAGCCAAGCCCUACUGCCACGAUGCCGAAACGAUCAGACGCAACGACAUCGCAAGAAACCACCACCUCCAAGUCGAUGACAACAGAAGCAAAAACCAAGUCUGAGCCAAGCCCUACUGCCACGAUGCCGAAACGAUCAGACGCAACGACAUCGCAAGAAACCACCACCUCCAAGUCGGUGACAACAGAAGCAAAAACCAAGUCUGAGCCAAGCCCUACUGCCACGAUGCCGAAACGAUCAGACGCAACGACAUCGCAAGAAACCACCACCUCCAAGUCGAUGACAACAGAAGCGAAAACUAAGUCUGAGCCAAGCCCUACUGCCACGAUGCCGAAACGAUCAGACGCAACGACAUCGCAAGAAACCACCACCUCCAAGUCGGUGACAACAGAAGCAAAAACCAAGUCUGAGCCAAGCCCUACUGCCACGAUGCCGAAACGAUCAGACGCAACGACAUCGCAAGAAACCACCACCUCCAAGUCGAUGACAACAGAAGCGAAAACCAAGUCUGAGCCAAGCCCUACUGCCACGAUGCCGAAACGAUCAGACGCAACGACAUCGCAAGAAACCACCACCUCCAAGUCGAUGACAACAGAAGCGAAAACCAAGUCUGAGCCAAGCCCUACUGCCACGAUGCCGAAACGAUCAGACGCAACGACAUCGCAAGAAACCACCACCUCCAAGUCGGUGACAACAGAAGCAAAAACCAAGUCUGAGCCAAGCCCUACUGCCACGAUGCCGAAACGAUCAGACGCAACGACAUCGCAAGAAACCACCACCUCCAAGUCGAUGACAACAGAAGCGAAAACCAAGUCUGAGCCAAGCCCUACUGCCACGAUGCCGAAACGAUCAGACGCAACGACAUCGCAAGAAACCACCACCUCCAAGUCGGUGACAACAGAAGCAAAAACCAAGUCUGAGCCAAGCCCUACUGCCACGAUGCCGAAACGAUCAGACGCAACGACAUCGCAAGAAACCACCACCUCCAAGUCGGUGACAACAGAAGCAAAAACCAAGUCUGAGCCAAGCCCUACUGCCACGAUGCCGAAACGAUCAGACGCAACGACAUCGCAAGAAACCACCACCUCCAAGUCGAUGACAACAGAAGCGAAAACCAAGUCUGAGCCAAGCCCUACUGCCACGAUGCCGAAACGAUCAGACGCAACGACAUCGCAAGAAACCACCACCUCCAAGUCGAUGACAACAGAAGCGAAAACCAAGUCUGAGCCAAGCCCUACUGCCACGAUGCCGAAACGAUCAGACGCAACGAAAUCGCAAGAAACCACCACCUCCAAGUCGGUGACAACAGAAGCAAAAACCAAGUCUGAGCCAAGCCCUACUGCCACGAUGCCGAAACGAUCAGACGCAACGACAUCGCAAGAAACCACCACCUCCAAGUCGGUGACAACAGAAGCAAAAACCAAGUCUGAGCCAAGCCCUACUGCCACGAUGCCGAAACGAUCAGACGCAACGACAUCGCAAGAAACCACCACCUCCAAGUCGAUGACAACAGAAGCGAAAACCAAGUCUGAGCCAAGCCCUACUGCCACGAUGCCGAAACGAUCAGACGCAACGACAUCGCAAGAAACCACCACCUCCAAGUCGAUGACAACAGAAGCGAAAACCAAGUCUGAGCCAAGCCCUACUGCCACGAUGCCGAAACGAUCAGACGCAACGAAAUCGCAAGAAACCACCACCUCCAAGUCGGUGACAACAGAAGCAAAAACCAAGUCUGAGCCAAGCCCUACUGCCACGAUGCCGAAACGAUCAGACGCAACGACAUCGCAAGAAACCACCACCUCCAAGUCGAUGACAACAGAAGCAAAAACCAAGUCUGAGCCAAGCCCUACUGCCACGAUGCCGAAACGAUCAGACGCAACGACAUCGCAAGAAACCACCACCUCCAGUAAGAGAAACAUUGAAACGACGUUAUGUAAUUAUUAUCACAAUGGAGUCGAUGCCAACAGAAGCGAAAACCAAGUCCAAGCCAAGCCCUACUGCCACGAUGCCGAAACGAUCAAACGCAACGACAUCGCAAAAAGCCACCACGUCCAAUAA